UUUAGGUUUUAGAAGAAUUCUCUCGAUGGCGUAUAGAGGAUUUCGCCAAGGAUAAGAUUAUAUAUUUUCGAGUGCGGCAAAGAGAGAGUCUCACGGGCCGCGGGUUUAUGAUGCGACACGAGGGCAGCCUCGUCAGCCCGGGUCGUCCUCAGUGAUUUUUACUUUUUCGUUCGCCGUGCAAAAGCACGUCGCGGUACAAGAUAAGCCGCGCUCGCAGCGAGGUAUAUAUCGAUUCAACGGAACCAAGGAAACCAGGAUAGGCUGACUCGACCGACGGUGUCGCGCAGUCAACGUAGCCGCGGCCGUUGUGGUCCGAGUGAAGUCCUGCGGAUUGAAGUCCAGCCGAGCACCUCGACAUGUCCGAAGACACCGAGAGCGAGGACAGCGAUGCCGAGGGUGGUUUGGGCAACGUGAACAAGAUGGUGAUGCGACCACCGGGCCACAGUGGCAAAGCCAAGAAGGGUCACAUCUGCUUCGACGCGACCUUCGAGACCGGCAAUCUCGGAAGGGUGGACCUGAUCUCUGAGUUCGAGUACGAUCUCUUCAUCAGGCCCGACACCUGCGGCCCCCGGCUGCGCAUGUGGUUCAACUUCACCGUGGACAACGUGAAGGCGGAUCAGCGGGUGAUCUUCAACAUCGUGAACAUCUCGAAGAGCGCGAAUCUCUUCCGGCAGGGGAUGACGCCGCUGGUGAAGAGCAGCAGCAGGCCGAAGUGGCAGCGGAUACCGCGAGAGCAGGUGUUCUACUACAGAUCCGCGCAACACCAGAAUCAUUAUGUGCUGAGCUUCGCGUUCGCGUUCGACCGCGAGGAUGACGUAUAUCAGUUCGCCCUGACUUAUCCGUAUUCGUACACCCGCUACUUGGGACACCUGGACAAUCUGUGCGGCAGACCGCUGUAUACGAAGCGGGAAACGCUGGCUGAGUCGAUUCAGAAGAGGAGUGUAGAGCUCGUAACUAUAACCUCCGACCUCGAAGACACGGAGCGACCUAGAAAAGUGGUCGUUGUCCUCGCUAGAGUUCACCCGGGCGAGUCGCCGUCUUCCUUCGUGUGUCAGGGCUUGAUGGAUUUCUUGGUCAGCGCGCAUCCUAUAGCUCAGGUGCUCCGGGAAUACGUGAUCUUUAAGAUAGUGCCGAUGCUGAAUCCGGACGGCGUCUUUCUCGGAAAUUACAGGUCCAGCGUGAUGGGCCUGGACCUGAAUCGAUCGUGGAACUGCAUCUCCGAAUGGAUACAUCCCACCUUGCUCGCCGCAAGAUCGCUACUGAAGUCCCUCGAGAAGAAUUCGCAAACACCUUUGGACUGCGUGUUGGAUCUGCACGCGCAUACCAAUGCGACAGGUGUUUUCGUUUACGGAAGCACGUACGAGGACGUCUACAGGUACGAGAGACACAUUGUGCUGCCGAAAUUGUUGGCUCAACACGCGGAGGACUACGAGCUGGGAAACACCAUGUACAAUCAGGACCAUAACAAAGCCGGGACAGCUCGUCGUUAUCUGUGCUCCAUUCUGAAGGAGCACGUCAACUGCUACAGCAUCGAGGUUUCCAUGUACGGUUACAACAAGAAAGGGAUGCCCGGCAUAAUGCCGUACACGGAAGAGAGCUAUUACAGGCUGGGUCGUAAUCUGGCUCGUGUCUUCCUGGAGUACUACAAGCUUACUGGGCUUAUCCCGUCCGGGCUGCCCGAUCAGCCGUCGAACAGGCGAACGCGUCAAUCCCGACAGAGACAUCGUCUUCCAAGGGAGCCCCGGCCGAGAACAAUCAGGACUCCGGCGACCUUGCAUCUCGCCAGCAUUUAUGAGUACUUCCGGGAGGAGGCUGCUGAGCCGCUCCCGAGCGCGCGUUACCGAUCGAUGAGCGGGACGCGGAUGGGCCAGCCCGGAACCGGAAUCGCGAGUGAAACUGGAACGACGGGCGUCGGCGGGUGCAGGAGCCGGAGCUACAGGUUCCGGAGCCCCGGGGCACCACUCGACAGGGUGCAAUCCCUGACGACGGGACGAUCCGCCGCUGCCGCCACCGUCGCCGCCGAGCCGCGGCUCACCAUUAUCGAUUUCAAUCAGCUGACACGGGGCGGUUUGGAGCUCGCGACCAGCAGGAACCGAGCGACGGUACCUCGCAGGAGCGUCAAGUCGCGCAGAUAACGAUCAUCCCGCCUCGGAUUUCCUCCCCGACGCGAAAUCCACGGAGACGCGGACGUCUCCGCGGCUAAAAUUUCACACGGCUACUACGCACUACGCCACUUCCAUUGCGUAACACGGACAGGGCGAGGGAGGCUAGGGGCUUGCUUUCGCGCCUGCAUCGCUGUGCUGUUAUCCACGCGCUGGAACAGCUUCCGCGAGAUAAGAGUAUCGAUGAGCGGCCGGUGGGGGGAAGACGCCGACGUUGAUCUGCGCGGAAUGCUCGCAAUUCUCGUAUUUGGUCAAGGAGCUGAACUGUCGCGUCGCGUCGAUCGACACAGGAGAGAGAAGGCUUUUCUCGAGGAGGAGAGGAAGAGAUCUUCUUUUCGGGGCGAUUGUAUCGAAUAUCGCGGAUGCUGAGUAUGCGCGUUAGUGAUAAGCUUUCGUUUCUCUUAGAAUAAUGUCGACUCGGAAGAUAUCUCGACGAUAACGGGGCGCGAGAGCACACAGAAAAGUGUAAGCAGCAAGCGAAUUGUCAAUCACAGCUGAUUAUUCUCCUUACAAUCCGAGAAUAAUCGAUGGUGAUUGGUUCAUUUUCUUACUGCUUACAUUUCUCUGUGUGCCGCGGCUCUUAAGGGUCGUUCACAAUGAGGUCGCGAUUACGCUUCAAAGUGGUGGCACUAGUCUGUGAAUCCAUCAUGUGUCUACUUCCUUCGCGUGAACUUCGCGAAGAGUUUUUUUGAAUUCGUCAAUGAAACUUUAUAUCCUUCACGAGGUUACGCGAAAGAAAUAGUAUACACGAUCGCUUCACAGACUGGUCCUACGACUUUCAAACGUAACCGCGGCCACAUUGUAGACGAUCCUUUAUUCUUCGCACUGUCAAACGUUGAUUCUCUUUCUCUCUUUCUCUCUCUCUCUCUCUCUCUCUCUCUCUCUCUCUCUCUCACGCAAACGCACAAGAGCGUAUUUCUCCGACCUUCUCUUAUGCUACCUUAGACACCUUAUUCGUGACAAUAAAUGAUUUCCCUGGUUGCUAGAGCUUAUCGAUAAAGCGAUACGUAUACCUUACCGUGUGUAUGUAUACAUUUUCAUGAGACUUGUUACAUUUCUUAUGGUCGUUUAUGAUAU